AUGGCUGGAGAGGAAGAUCAUAAGAAACAACAUUUCGAUGCAUCUGGAGCAUCAGCUACUGAGGAUAAGACUGCUACUGCCAUUUUGAGGAGGAAGAAGAAAGAUAAUGCUUUGGUCGUUGAUGAUGCCACCAACGAUGACAAUUCCGUCAUCACAAUGUCUUCUAACACAAUGGAGCUUUUGCAGUUGUUCAGAGGCGAUACCGUGUUGGUCAAGGGUAAAAAGAGAAAAGAUACUGUUUUAAUCGUUUUGGCCGACGAUGAUAUGGAGGAUGGUGUGGCAAGAAUCAACCGUUGCGUGCGUAACAACUUGCGUGUUAGAUUGAGUGACAUUGUCACAGUGCAUCCUUGUCCCGAUAUCAAGUACGCAAACAGAAUCUCGGUUUUGCCUAUUGCUGAUACCGUUGAAGGUAUCACGGGCUCCUUGUUUGAUCUAUACUUGAAACCGUAUUUCGUUGAAGCUUACAGACCAGUGAGAAAGGGGGACUAUUUCACAGUUAGGGGCGGUAUGAGGCAGGUUGAGUUCAAGGUUGUUGAGGUUGAUCCCGAGGAAAUUGCUAUUGUUGCUCAAGAUACAAUCAUACAUUGCGAAGGCGAACCCAUCAAUCGUGAAGAUGAUGAGAAUAAUAUGAACGAGGUUGGUUAUGACGAUAUCGGUGGAUGCAAAAAACAAAUGGCCCAAAUAAGGGAAUUGGUCGAGUUGCCAUUAAGGCACCCUCAGUUGUUCAAGUCAAUUGGAAUCAAGCCACCAAAGGGUAUCUUGAUGUAUGGUCCUCCCGGUACAGGUAAGACCAUAAUGGCACGAGCUGUUGCCAAUGAAACUGGGGCAUUCUUCUUUUUGAUCAAUGGACCGGAAAUCAUGUCCAAGAUGGCUGGAGAAUCCGAAUCGAAUUUGAGAAAGGCAUUUGAAGAAGCCGAAAAGAAUUCACCUUCAAUUAUAUUUAUCGAUGAAAUCGAUUCGAUUGCUCCAAAAAGAGACAAGACAAACGGUGAAGUGGAAAGGAGAGUUGUGUCACAAUUGUUGACACUUAUGGAUGGUAUGAAGGCUAGAGCAAACGUUGUGGUAAUUGCCGCUACAAAUAGACCAAACUCGAUUGAUCCAGCUUUAAGAAGAUUUGGUAGAUUUGAUAGAGAAGUUGAUAUUGGAGUUCCCGAUGCAGAAGGACGUUUAGAAAUUUUGAGAAUCCAUACCAAGAAUAUGAAAUUAGCUGACGACGUUGAUUUGGAAGCUAUCGCUGCGGAAACUCAUGGAUUUGUUGGAGCCGAUGUUGCCUCGUUAUGUUCUGAAGCUGCUAUGCAGCAAAUCCGUGAAAAAAUGGAUCUCAUUGAUUUGGAAGAGGAUACUAUUGAUACUGAAGUUUUGAACUCCUUGGGGGUUACCCAAGAUAACUUUAGAUUUGCACUUGGGAACUCCAAUCCUUCUGCAUUACGUGAAACAGUUGUUGAAAAUGUUAAUGUUACAUGGGACGACAUUGGUGGUUUGGAUAAUAUCAAGAAUGAGUUGAAAGAAACCGUUGAGUACCCAGUGUUGCAUCCAGAACAAUACCAAAAAUUCGGUUUGGCCCCAACAAAAGGUGUUUUGUUUUUUGGACCACCGGGAACUGGUAAAACCUUGUUGGCCAAGGCUGUUGCAACAGAAGUUUCUGCAAACUUUAUCAGUGUAAAAGGUCCAGAGUUGUUGAGUAUGUGGUAUGGUGAAUCUGAAUCUAACAUUCGUGAUAUUUUUGAUAAGGCUAGGGCGGCUGCUCCAACUGUUGUCUUUUUGGAUGAGUUGGAUUCCAUUGCUAAAUCUAGAGGGGGUUCACAAGGAGAUGCUGGCGGUGCAUCUGACAGAGUCGUUAAUCAGUUGUUGACUGAGAUGGACGGAAUGAAUGCCAAAAAGAAUGUUUUUGUUAUUGGAGCAACCAACAGACCAGACCAAAUCGAUCCAGCAUUAUUACGUCCUGGAAGAUUAGAUCAAUUAAUCUAUGUUCCAUUGCCAGAUGAAGCUGCAAGAUUGUCCAUAUUACAAGCGCAAUUGAGAAACACGCCAUUAGAACCUGGUUUGGACUUGAAGGAGAUUGCCAAGAUCACCCACGGGUUCUCGGGUGCUGAUUUGUCGUAUAUUGUUCAAAGAUCAGCCAAAUUUGCAAUUAAAGAUUCCAUUGAAGCUCAAGCAAGACUCAAUAAAGCCAAGGAAGCAAAAGCUGAAGCAAAAACCGAGGAUAUUGAUAUGAAAGAGGGAGGAGAAGAAGAGGAAGAAGAAGAAGACCCAGUUCCAUAUAUCACAAGAUCUCAUGUUGAAGAGGCUAUGAAGACAGCAAAGAGAUCUGUUUCAGAUGCUGAUUUACGUCGUUACGAAGCUUAUGCUCAGCAAUUGCAAGCUUCAAGAGGUCAAUUUGCCAAUUUUAGAUUUAAUGAAAACAGUGGUUUUUCUGAGGGAGGAGCAAACUCAAACUCUGGAGCUGCUUUUGGCAGUGUUGAAGAAGAAGAUGACUUGUACAGUUAG